UUGCACCGAGGUCAGUCUCCGGAGACGCGAUUGGCAGCGGGCACCGGAAGCGUCCUGGAGUCGCUAGCUCCGGCAAAGGUUUGUUCCACGAGACGCGCGGAAGCCGCUGGGCGCAUGGUUUCCUUUAGAGCGCCCUCACGGAGGACCCGGGACAGCGGAGGAGAUGGAAGCGGGCCCCGAAAGCCGCACGGCCAGUGCGCUGUUCGCUGGGUUCCGAGCCUUGGGGCUUUUCAGCAACGACAUUCCACACGUGGUGCGGUACAGCGCGCUUAAGCGCCGGUUCUAUGUGACGACCUGCGUGGGCAAGAGUUUCCAUACAUAUGACGUUCAGAAACUUAGACUGGUUGCAGUAAGUAAUUCUGUUCCACAGGAUAUCUGCUGUAUGGCUGCUGACAGCAGGCUGGUCUUUGCUGCUUAUGGGAAUGUUUUCUCUGCAUUUGCCCGUAAUAAAGAGGUAGUACGCACCUUUAAUGGUCACAAGGCAGAAAUUCAUCUUUUACAGCCCUUUGGAGAUCAUGUUAUCUCUGUUGAUGCUGACAGCAUUCUCAUUAUUUGGCACGUAUAUUCAGAAGAAGAAUACCUACAAUUAACUUUUGAUAAAUCAAUAUUUAAAAUUUCUGCCAUUUUGCAUCCAAGUACCUACUUGAAUAAAAUACUUCUGGGCAGUGAACAAGGAAGCCUACAGUUGUGGAAUGUAAAAUCCAAUAAACUUCUAUAUACAUUUCCAGGAUGGAAAGUUGGAGUAACAGCUCUUCAGCAGGCACCAGCUGUGGAUGUUGUUGCUGUUGGUCUUAUGUCGGGUCAGGUUAUUAUUCACAACAUUAAAUUUGAUGAAACACUAAUGAAGUUUCGUCAAGACUGGGGACCCAUUACUUCAAUCUCAUUUCGCACAGAUGGUCAUCCAGUAAUGGCAGCUGGAAGCCCAUGUGGCCAUAUUGGACUCUGGGAUUUGGAAGACAAAAAAUUAAUCAAUCAAAUGAGAGAUGCACACUCAACAGCAAUUGCCGGGCUGACAUUUCUCCAUAGAGAGCCUCUUCUGAUCACAAAUGGUGCUGACAAUGCUCUCAGGAUAUGGAUAUUUGAUGGUCCUACAGGUGAAGGCCGUCUUUUGAGAUUCAGAAUGGGACAUAGUGCUCCUCUUACCAGUGUCAGAUAUUAUGGACAAAAUGGACAACAGAUUCUAAGUGCAAGUCAGGAUGGAACUCUUCAGUCAUUCUCCACAAUACAUGAAAAAUUUAACAAGAGCUUGGGACAUGGAUUAAUAAAUAAAAAGAGAGUCAAACGUAAAGGACUUCAGAAUACCACGUCUGUGCGACUUCCACCCAUCACCAAGUUUGCAGCAGAGGAAGCUCGUGAGAGUGACUGGGAUGGUAUUGUGGCUUGCCAUCAAGGUAAGCUGUCUUGCUCAACCUGGAAUUACCAGAGAUCUACAAUAGGUGCUUACUUUCUCAAGCCAAAAGAGUUGAAGAAAGAUGACGUAACUGCAACAGCAGUAGAUAUAACUUCUUGUGGAAACUUUGCUGUGAUUGGCCUCUCAUCAGGAACUGUAGAUGUAUAUAACAUGCAGUCUGGUAUACAUCGAGGACGUUUUGGCAAAGAUCAAGCUCAUAAAGGAUCGGUUAGAGGUGUUGCAGUAGAUGGAUUAAACCAGUUGACAAUUACAACUGGUAGUGAAGGAUUACUCAAAUUUUGGAACUUUAAAAGCAAAAUUUUAAUACACUCUUUGAACCUCAGUUCAUCUCCAAAUAUGAUGCUGCUACAUAGGGACAGUGGCCUUCUGGGACUUGCGUUAGAUGACUUCUCCAUUAAUGUUUUGGACAUAGAAACUAGGAAGAUUGUCAGAGAGUUUUCUGGACACCAAGGCCAAAUAAAUGACAUGGCUUUUAGUCCAGAUGGUCGUUGGUUAAUAAGUGCUGCAAUGGACUGUUCUAUCAGGACUUGGGACCUUCCAUCUGGGUGUCUGAUAGACUGCUUUUUGUUGGACUCAGCUCCUCUCAAUGUUACUAUGUCACCUACUGGAGACUUUCUGGCAACUUCCCAUGUGGACCACCUUGGAAUUUAUCUAUGGUCCAAUAUUUCCCUGUAUUCAGUUAUUUCAUUACGGCCACUUCCUACAGAUUAUGUCCCUUCAGUAGUGAUGCUUCCUGGUACUUGUCAAACCCAAGAUGUAGAAGUAUCAGGAGAAACAACAGAACCAAGUGAUGAAAUGAUAGAGUAUGAGUCACCAGAACAGUUGAAUGAGCAACUGGUAACUCUUUCACUUCUUCCGGAAUCACGAUGGAAAAACCUUCUUAAUCUUGAUGUUAUUAAGAAAAAGAAUAAACCAAAGGAACCACCCAAAGUGCCCAAAUCAGCACCAUUUUUUAUUCCAACAGUUCCUGGCCUUGUACCCAGAUAUGCUACACCUGAACAAAAUAAUGAUCCCCAGCAGUCUAAAGUGGUCAGUCUUGGAAUUUUGGCCCAAAAAUCAGAUUUCUGCUCGAAACUUGAAGAAGGACUCAUAAAUAACAAGUAUGAAGCUGCUCUCAGCCUUCUGAAAGAAUUGGGCCCAUCAGGAAUUGAAACAGAGCUUCGAAGCUUAUCUCCUGACUGGGGUGGAUCUAUAGAAGUCAUGCAGAGCUUCCUGAAAAUGAUCCAGGUGCUGCUGGACAGCAAGCGUGAUUUCGAGUUAGCCCAGGCGUACCUCGCGUUGUUUCUAAAGUUACAUCUUAAAAUGCUUCCUUCAGAGCCAGUACUCCUAGAAGAAAUGACGAAGUUGUUAUCACAGGUAGAAGACAACUGGAUCCAUUUACAAUCACUCUUUAAUCAAAGCAUGUGUGUUUUAAAUUAUAUCAAAAGUGCUUUGUUAUAAAAAUAAAUUUCUGAAUAAAUCAAAGACAUAUUAAAUGGAUUCAGUUAACUCAUUUCUUAUUUUCCAAAUUUCAGUAUGAAAAGAAAAUAUGUGCUAUUGAUUAUGCUAUUGACUAGUCAGUAAUUCUCCACUUUAAAUGUUAAAUACUUUCUUGAAAUAAAAUUACACCUGCC